AUGCAACCCAGCCAACAACAGGAACCCAUGCAGAACGACGACCAUCCUACGAGACCUUUCGAGUCGGUAUCAGCCGAUUUCUUCACAGUCGCAGGGAAACCGUUCCUUGUGAUUGCAGACCGUCUCUCUGGCUGGCCUGUCGUCGUCCCCUGUGGUGCCUCGUCUACAGCAUCAUGCACUACACGCAUGGUCUGCCAUUAUUUUUGCGAUGUUGGUGUUCCACUCCGCCUGAGGACAGAUGGCGGACCCCAAUUCACCAGCUCCGAGUUCAAGGACUUCAUGAAACGAUGGGGAGUUCACCAUGUGAUAUCGCCCCAUUACCCUCAGUCGAAUGGCCACGCCGAGGCAGCUGUUAAGUCAACCAAGUACCUCAUCAUGAAAGCGGCGCCCUCCGGCAACAUCGACAAUGAAGACUUCGACAGAGGCCUCCUUGAACUGUGCAACAUCCCUAAUGCCACAGGAAGAUCGCCAGCUCAGAUUCUCUACGGACGCCCGCUUCGCUCCUGCUUUCCGGCCCACCCGGAAUCCUUCUCAGAGGAAUGGCAGGAGAAAUCCGAAGACUGUGACCGCCGAGCAGCCGCCCAAGCCGAAUAA